GGCGGGGGGGGGGUGGAGGAAGCUGGGGAGCUUUCGCCGAUAAAGAGACACAGACCGUUGGCCGGCGGAUCGCGAGGGCUGCGCCCUUCAAGGGCCCGGAUGCCCUCGGGGGUCUGUCAAGGCAGGGGAUGCCGGGGCCGCUUCGCAGGCGCGCCUAAGCUGCAGUGCUCCCCCUCCCCGCCCCCCUCCGCCGCCUGCGAGGUGGUACAGCCCACUCUGGCGCUCCGGGCUCCGGCUCUGCCAGUCAGGCCUCCUCCCAGGAAGAGGGGAGGCUCUCCCCGCACCCCUCGCCUUCUCCCUCGGGCCCGGUGGCAGUACCUGCUUUGGCAUCAUUCACAUACUUUCAAGCUUAUUCUACAGAAGGAUGUCCCAGUUACAAGAUUUGUGUGCGCAUUUAGACUUAGAGAAGAAACAAACCACCUACAGGACUCUAGAUACCUGAAGAACUGUUUCACAAUGGACAUAGAUGAUGAAGAGAACAUGAGUUCAGGCAGCACUGAUGUUAAAGAGAACCGCAACAUGGACAACAUUUCAUCUAAAGAUGGGAGUGUGCAAGGUAUCGGGGAGGGGAAUCAGCUCUCCAAUGGUGGUGGCUCUGGCAGCAGGAAGCGACCUUUGGAAGAGGGGAACAAUGGCCACUCCAAGUUCCGCCCAAAGAAGAGGAAGAAAACACCUGGCCCCGUCCUGCCCAAGAACGCCCUGAUGCAACUGAAUGAGAUCAAGCCUGGAUUGCAGUACAAGCUGAUUUCCCAGACAGGACCAGUUCACGCUCCUGUUUUUGUGAUGGCAGUAGAAGUGAAUGGGCAGGCGUUUGAAGGCUCUGGCCCUACAAAAAAGAAAGCGAAGCUCCAUGCUGCAGAGAAGGCCCUGAGGUCCUUUGUUCAGUUCCCAAAUGCCUCUGAAGCACACCUAGCAAUGGGUAGAACUCUUUCAGUUAAUACAGACUUCACCUCUGACCAGGCAGAUUUCCCAGACACGCUUUUCAAUGGCUUUGAAAACCCAGCUCACCCAGAUCAUUCCUUUUAUUUGGAUUCCAAUGGAGACGGUUCCUUUAGCUCUACUGCUGAUUACGGCUUAUCAUCUGCUGGGGUUAGUAGCCUUAGUCAGUCCUCUCUCCCUGCCCCAUCACCAUACCCAUCAACAAGCGGAAAGAAUCCAGUCAUGAUACUGAAUGAACUCCGGCCAGGGCUGAAGUAUGACUUCCUUUCAGAAAGCGGAGAAAGCCACGCUAAGAAUUUUGUGAUGGCUGUGUCAGUGGAUGGCCACACAUUUGAAGGGUCUGGAAGAAACAAAAAACUUGCCAAGGCCCGGGCAGCUCAGUCAGCACUGGCAUCCUUGUUUAACAUGCAGCUGGAUCAAACUCCUUCUCAUCAGCCUAUUCCUAGUGAGGGAUUGCAGUUACACCUACCACAGGUUUUAGCUGAUGCUGUUGCACGCUUGGUGGUAGAUAAAUUCAGCAGUUUGACAGAUAAUUUUACAUCACCCCAUGCACGUAGAAAAGUACUAGCUGGUGUCGUCAUGACAACAGGCACUGAUGUGAAAGAUGCUCAGGUUAUAAGUGUUUCUACAGGAACCAAAUGUAUAAACGGAGAAUAUAUGAGUGAUCGUGGCCUUGCACUGAAUGACUGCCAUGCAGAAAUUAUAGCUCGGAGAUGCCUACUUAAAUUUCUCUACACACAACUUGAACUGCUCUUAAGUAAUAAGGAAGAGCAACAAAAAUCCAUUUUUAUCAGGUCAGAACAAGGUGGUUUUAAAUUGAAAGAAAAUGUCCAGUUUCAUCUCUACAUCAGCACCUCUCCUUGUGGCGAUGCUCGGAUUUUUUCACCCCAUGAAGCAGCCCAAGAAGAUCAGGGAGACAGACAUCCAAACCGGAAGGCAAGGGGGCAGCUACGGACGAAAAUCGAAUCUGGGGAAGGAACCAUCCCUGUUCGAUCUACCACAACUAUUCAGACUUGGGAUGGAGUACUGCAGGGAGAGAGACUGCUCACUAUGUCAUGCAGCGAUAAGAUAGCUCGAUGGAAUGUGCUUGGUAUUCAAGGAGCAUUACUUAGCCUUUUUGUGGAGCCAAUUUACUUCUCUAGCAUUAUCUUGGGGAGCUUAUACCAUGGAGACCACCUAUCCAGAGCAGUGUAUCAGCGGAUAGCAGAGAUAGAAGAUUUACCACCUCUCUAUGUGCUUAACAGACCUUUACUCAGUGGUAUCAGCAAUGCUGAAGCCCGCCAACCAGGUAAAGCACCAAAUUUCAGUGUGAACUGGACAGUAGGAGAUGCUGGCCUUGAAGUUAUUAAUGCCACAACUGGCAAAGAUGAGAUGGGUCGUGCGUCUCGUCUUUGUAAACAAGCCCUGUAUAGCCGCUGGAUGCGCAUUUAUGGAAAGCUUUCCUCCAACCUCCGUUCGAAAGUCAACAAGCCAAACAUAUAUCAUGAGACUAAGCAAGUAGCUGCGGAAUAUCAAGCUGCCAAAGAAUGUUUGUUCAAAGCAUUUUUGAAGGUGGGUCUUGGAGCCUGGGUGGAGAAGCCCAUUGAACAGGAUCAGUUUUCGCUCACAGUUUGAUCUCUGGAUUGCAUUUCACCUGGAACAAGGACUGUGGUGGAAACUACAAUGGAAACUACAUCAGCACUUCACUUGUACCAUUAUAACAGCAGCUUUUAAACUUUUUUUUGGUGGGAGGACUAACUUGUGACCAAUUUUUGUUUUGUUUGUUUUACAGAAGUAUUAAAACUGAUGGGAAUCUGAUGACAUAAAAUUAGUUUGGACUCAAACAGAGUUGAUUACCUUCUCAAGAACUUUAGUCUGCAGGGAAAAUCACAGUGAACUCUCUUCAGAUGAUUCAUCUGAAGAGUUUACAAAUUAUUUUACCUACUUUGUUGACGGGUGCAUGAUUAAUGUGAAUCACAUAGGAAGUUACACUAAAGUUUGACUAUGUGGUUUGAAUUUAUGUUCUUUUAGAGCUAAAAGACAGCUAAUUUAUGUGCUGCUUUUAGAUUUUUAUUUUUUAAUGGAUUAAACAUAUAGGAAAGAUACAGAAUAGAAAAAUGAGACUGGAGUUUGAAUAGCUAGUUUUCCCUGCUUCCUUGAUCUUUAAAAACAGCUGCUGAAAACUUUGUCUUUGAUGUAUGUAUUUAUUAAUCUGUGAUCCAAUUUUUAACAUGCCACUUUUUAUUCUAUUUUAAAGUUCCUGUCUUCUCUCCUCACUUACACAUAUUGUGUAGUUAUUUUUUUUAACCAUUGUAAACUGGAAACAAAAAUAUUUGUAAUCUAACACAUUUUAGACUUCAGUGUACCAAAAAAAACCCCACCUUUAGAUAUACAUGGUUUGUGUUUCACAGGAACUCAUUGGAGUAUAACAGUAAUAUUACCAGUGAUGUGGCAAUUUCAAACACUUGUUCGUUUGUGAGGAAAUCUGCUGUCUUGCCAAAAACCAACCCAGAUCCAAACAUCGCAACUGCUAAGGGUUAUUUCAUGGACAAAAUUGUGUUAAAGUGAGAGCUUUUCUGAGCCCUAACAUAUUUUCAGCCAAACUGUCGUGUCCAUCUGAAAAGCUAUUGCCUGAGACACACAUUUUAAAUGAUCUGGAGUUUUAUUCUGUAGUUCGGUUUUCUUUGACCUUCAUUUAACAGGUGUAAAUUACUAGAAGAUCCUCAUGUUGGUUUGCAUUAUCCUUGCUCCACAAGCACGUACAGGUCUGGAUCUCUCAGGGACGUCAAUUUUGGCUGAGGGAGUUAGUAGCCCUAGUGAGUAGCAUUAUGCCCACAUCUCUGUUGGUUGUACCCCUGAGCACCCUCUGUGUGUGUGUUGCAGACCAUGGGCUACAGAAGGGUUCCCACUAAUGUGCAGUGUGCAUAGUCCUGUAACUAGGUAAUCUACAAAGCCAGUAGUCACAUGUAGCUCUCCUGUCCACUGCCAAUGUUUCAGAAUUAUCUCUUUCUUAUUGUUCUGCCUGGUAUGGAGAUGAGGAUGACCAUGGAAUCAGGUGGGCAAGCUCAAUACCUCAGUUUCUGUAUCAAGCCCCACCAGCUAGACAUAAACAUGAAAUCCUCUUAGGAAAUUACUUCCACAGUUAAUGAAUCUCAUUUUAAAUGAAAGAGGAAAUUCUUAGCAAUCAUAAUAGAAAUUUGGGCCUGAUCUUCUCAAUUGCAUUCCACAAAGCAUGCCGUAUAGGUUUAGCAAAUUCUGCUCAUCUGCUUAGAGCUAAAUGAUGCUUACAUGUUUUGCUAAACCAGUGACAGGAAGUCAAGUUGUAAUACUAGAUAUAUAUCAUAUAUAUAUUGGCCUCUGCUUGAUGUGAUGUCCAUAUCGAAGAUAUCACACCAGCUAAAAGUAUUUAAACUAUUUGUGUGGCUAUGUAUAGUAGAUAGAAAAGGUAGCUAGCUCCUCACUUUUAAGUAUUGUCCAGAUACUACUGCCUACAUAGUGUUGUGGUGAUAGAUGCAAAAACUAUACAAGGUUAUAUGCAUGUCCAAGAAAGUCCUAUACUGUAAUUGGUUUAUAUCUUUGUUUUAAAGGAGAGAAAACUAUGUUCACUUUUUUAAAAAAAUGGCUAAGAGGCAUGAUAGCAAUAACUUAAUACAGAUAUUGAUAGAAUAAAUCAAGAGUUUUAUUAUGUGAAAGCUCAUAAUGUAUAUGGCAUCUUUAAACAUUAAUGAACAAAUUUGUACUAUUAAAGAAACACACCCAAAGUUGGCCACUUAAAUAAUCUCACUGCAGCUUAUUCCAGCAUAGAGGAUCGAUGCCAAAUUAUGACCACUCUAAAAUGAAAUAGAUAGUUGCCAAGACGGAUAGCUAUGAAAAGGAAACUCUUUGGUCUCUAGAUAUGGCUUGGGCAUUGGCUCCUAUGGCUCAUGAGGUGGAGCCUAAGCUGGAGGGUGAAAUGAGGGCAAAGGCCAAAGGUGUUUGGUAGGUCUGAGAACAGAGCUUGAGCUAACGAUUCUUGUCAUAAGGCAAGCAUGGGCAAACUAAGGCCCGGGGGCCGGAUGUGACCCCCCCCCCCCCGGGGCCCUCCUCAUUUUUCCUGUCCUUAUGUCAAAAAGAUGGGGGAGGAAGGCAUGUAGCAGCUGAGAAUCCUCUGGAGUGCUCUCAGCCACUGUGUGUUAUAUCCUCCACCUGGUAUAAGAACAGUGCGAGCGGCCCCAUCCUUAUGCCAGAAGGAUGGCUCAAGAGAGGCAUGCAGUGGCUGAGAGCCCUCGGAGCAGACUUAGUUGCCAUCCGUCUCGCCCUUCUCCUGGCAUAAUGUCAAGAGGACAGCCCGAGGAUCGGGGGAGGAAAGUGGGAAGGACGAUUGGAGCAGUUGCCACAUGUCUUGCCUUCCUCCCAACAUAAGGAUGGGAAGAUUAGCCCCAUCCUUAUACUGGGAGAACAACCUGAGGAUAACCCGGGCCCUACCCUGCUCCCUCCUGGCCCUGUCCUCUUCUGGGUCCUCCCUACCCAGUGUGUGCCUGACCCCUGUCCCUACUGGCUGGGCCCACAAUGCGGCCCCAAGGCAAAAAAGUUUGUCCUUACCUAUUAUAAGGUAUAUAGCUUUCAAUGGGAGGGGGGAGGGACAGCUCAAGCACAAAACUAAUAGGAUUGUUUUGUCCUUUGCUUUGAUGGUCAUAGGUGCAAAAGCAACACAAAAUAUUAGCUGGGCUAGUAUUUUCCCUCCUAAUGAUUGACAACCUCAUUGUGAACCUUCCUAUGAUUCUCACUGUGGUGGUUUUUACAGGCAAAAGUCACGUUUGAAGAUUAGCACAGUUUAUGGUCAAUCCUUUGAAACAGAUAGCUUGAACGGAACAUGUUACAUGUUUUUGAGAGUGUCCAGUGUAGGACACUGUGCUGAAUCAUAUUCUAGUGUAAUGUGAGGCAGCAGGACCAAGUUGUGGGCUCAGCACCCCUUCUCCUGAUCAAGAGACCAUAGCAACGGCUUCUCUUUUGAUCUAGGCAGGCACAGACUAUUUGUGGCUUUCCAAAUGUUGUUGGACUGUCCUGUCCCAUCAGAUUAGCCAAUGGUGAGGGAAGAUGACAUUGCAGUUCAUGAUAUUUGGAGGGCCAGCUUUUGCCUUGUUUAUUUAUUAUAUCUCAAGUUAAAUUUGGUUAAAGUUUGUUUUCUUUAAAUAAGCCACGAUCAAAUUGGCUUAUGAUCUUGGUUUGAUAGCAAAUCAUAAUUUUCACUAGCCAGUUUUUUCAGUCUAGACACAGCAAUAAAUCUUCAAUUAUGAAUAGAAAAAAGCUAGUUUCUUUUUGAAAGGACAUUUUUAAAAAGAUAUCUUCCCCAAAGCUAUGUCAGAGAUACGUUUAUUCAAUCUCACUAACAAUUUAGUGUUACAGCUUAGGAGUCUCUUUCCUUUGCCCUCAAAAACAUUCAGUAUUUCUUUCUCCUUACUCCACAUCCCACAUUCGUACCUCACAGCCCUGCACUGUCAAAAGCAAUAAAAACGUGACAUGGCAAAUUGACACUUAAUGGAUGCAGAGUGCAUUUGGAUUAAUGUCAUGGCCCUGUAACAGUAUACUUUCCUAUGUAGAUCAAAGCAUGAGAAAGCUAGCAACAAACAUCUUUCAUGAUAUUAUUCCUGUGUUCCAUGCCAAUCAUUAAAUGAUUUAGGCUUGUUUUAUUUUGAGACAAUUUCUUAUUUUGCAUGCUGAUACUUCUAGCUUGGAUGAUGUGUGUGGUUUAUACUGCAGUACAGUUGAUAUGAAUGAUGCGAGCAAAAUAUUAAUUUUCUAUAUGGUUCAUUGCCUCCCAAUAGGAUUGAGAAUGAUGUGCCUGUAUUUGUAUAGAGGAGAGUCAGCACCAUGUAGUACUUUGAGCGUUGGACUAGGACCAGGGAUCAAAUUCUGGAUUGAUCAUGGCAGUGCCCUGAAUUAUCUUGGGCACCCCACUCUCUCAACCACAGAGGAAAGCCAUUGCAAAGCUCCUCUGGGUAAAUCUCCCCAAGAAGACCCCAUAAGAGGUUGCCUUAAGGCUGAUAUAAGUCCGAGUUAAAGGCAUAUAACAACAAACUCGUAUAGAACUGUGCUUGCAAAUGGAUUCUUACAUAAGCCAAAUGCCCUUGUGGUUUGGCUGAAUGACUCCUAUAACUUUACCUGCUUUGUGUUUUAAUUUUCUUGUGACUGGGAGGUAAACAAGUCACAGUAUCACUAUAAGGUGCUUUUACAUCACAGACAGAAAGGCACAGAAUCCCUUUGUUUCUCUGCCUCUAAAUUCCCUGCUCUUUUCCUCUAACAAUGAGGACUGAAUGACUGGAAAUACCUCGUUUUAGUGUUGCUUUAGAAGUGCAGUGGGAGUUUUAGUUUGUAUGAGAAAAGUUCUCUAAAGCUUUGGAAACCCUGUCUUUCCCUCAAAGGAAGCUCUUUUUAUGUCUUUGCAGAUUAAGCACAAACUUCUGGUUGUUAAAACUAAAAUCUCCUGAUACUGUUCUAUAAGAAAGAAAGAUAUGUGGUCAAAAUCCAAAUGUUUCAAUGAAGCGGGUCCACCAAUAAAAUGGACGCAACUAUC